AUACCACCCCCGCUCUACUCUCAGCUCCCAAUCCCUUCAUCACACCAGGCACAAUGCCUUCUGAAGAUGUUUCAACCGGCUCGGUCAAUGUCCCCAUUGGCACAUUUCCCCAGACCUGUUCUUCGACCGAUGUCAAUGCCGACCAGGUCGCUUCACAGCUAGUCGAGAAGAUCAACACAGCUCUUAGCAAAGGAGACGUGCAGUCCCUUUCCGACCUGUUCCUCGAAGAUGCCUACUGGCGAGAUCAUCUCUGCUUAACAUGGGACUUCUACACUGCGAAAGGCAGAGAAAACAUUCAAAGCUUUCUCAAGUCUGGCCGUCUUCCGAGUAAAGUUGAGAUCGACCGCUCGACCGCGUUCCGAGGACCCUACGUUGGCCCUAUCGAUGCCUUUGGCGACGUCACAGGAAUCCUGUUUUACAUUACGCUCUCUAGCCCCCUGAUCACUGGACAGGGUAUCGUUCGGCUGGCAGAAAAGGACGGCGAGUGGAAGAUUUUCACCUUCUAUACGUCUAUGGAGAGCUUUGUCGACCACCCAGAAGCGGUUAACUUCAGAAGGCCCCUGGGAGCACAGCAUGGCGAAAGCUUGGAUCGAAAGAACUGGAAAGACCGUCGGACGGCCGAAAUCGAGGCUAAAGACCGGUCUCCGACUGUCGUGGUUGUCGGUGCUGGCCAGUCUGGUCUCAUCAUUGCGGCCCGUCUUAAGAUGCUGAACAUCGACGUUCUGAUCAUCGAUCGAGAGGAGAAUAUUGGGGACAACUGGCGCCAACGCUACCACCAGCUGGUCCUGCAUGACCCUGUGUGGUUUGACCACUUUCCUUACAUUCCGUUCCCGCCUAAUUGGCCGAUCUUCACUCCAAAGGACAAGAUAGCCGAGUGGUUCGACUGCUAUGCUAAGCUACUGGAGCUGAAUGUGUGGACCAAGACUAACAUCAAGGGGUCCUCAUGGGACGACAAAGGAAAGCAGUGGACUUUGGAUUUGCAGCGGCGGAAGGAGGACGGUACGGUGGAGAAUCGUACCCUGAACCCCCGGUAUAUCAUCCAGGCCACCGGCCAUUCUGGAAAGAAGAAUGUGCCUGACUUCAAGGGUAUGGAUUCCUUCCAGGGCGACCUCAUCUGCCAUAGCAGCGAGUUUCGCGGUGCGAAGCCCGGAUCGAAAGGUAAAAAAGCCGUGGUGGUUGGGGCGUGCAAUUCCGCCAACGACAUUGCACAAGAUUACUAUGAGAACGGAUAUGACGUGACGAUGGUGCAGCGCAGCUCGACCUGUGUGGUUUCCUCAGAGUCAAUCGUCGAAAUCGGCCUCAAAGGGUUGUACGAGGAAGCAGGACCCGGAACCGAGGAAGCCGACCUUUACCUUUGGAGUAUUCCGGCGGAGCUGUUUAAAGCACAGCAGAUCAAGGUCACCAAGCGUCAGAACGAGAAUGACCGAGCGACGUUGGAGGGCCUGGCGCGGGCCGGGUUCAAGGUGGACCACGGUCCAGACGGUGCGGGUCUGCUCAUCAAAUACCUCCAACGUGGCGGAGGCUACUAUAUCGACGUGGGGGCCAGCCAAUUGAUCAUUGACGGCAAGGUGAAGGUGAAGCAGGGUCAGGAGAUUACCGAGGUCCUCCCUCACGGACUGCGGUUUGCGGACGGAUCGGAGCUCCAGGCGGACGAGAUCAUCUUGGCGACUGGGUAUCAGAACAUGGCCACCCAAGCACAACUCGUGUUCGGCAAAGAGGGCGCGAAGGUGAAGGACGUCUGGGGAUUCGACGAGACGGGCGAGAUGCGCAUGUGGCGGCGGACCGGACACCCAGGCUUGUGGUUCAUGGGCGGCAAUCUGGCCGUCUGUCGGUAUUUCUCGCGGUUGCUGGCGCUACAGAUCAAGGCGCUAGAACUUGGCGUCACCUCCUACGACGGUUAGUGAGAGACUUGGCGGUAGGGCGAAGACAAAGGAAAUAGGUACGGAGCAGAUAUAAUUGGAAAACAAAGUCGAGCAGCUGCAAUAAAUGUCGCAACUCAAC